UUUAACCGCAAUGGGCGGCGGUCAGACCAGCAGUAGCAGCGGAGAAGAAGACGGCGAUGCCGAAUGGAGAGCCGCCAUAGAUUCUCUCACCGCCACCACAGCGUUUAGCAGCUCCGCCGCAGCCAACGGUCACCCAUCAUCUUCCUCAGUCGCCCAACCUUCCUGCGAAGAUGGAUCAGAUGCUCUGAAACCUCGGAAACUCAACCACUACCAAAUCAAGGUUCACAAGCUUUUGGAGGACUUUUUAGAGAAGACGAUUGAAAUAGUGAGUGAUACAACCGAUGUGAUUCCUGAAGAUCCCAAUAGUUGCAGUGAAGGUGGAAUUAGGCUGUUUAAACAUGCACCUCCCGGGAUAGCUGUUGACAACACAGAUGAACUUUAUAAGAAUCGGAAAAAGCCUAGAAUUCUUCCUGGAACCGAACUUGAAGAGGGGUCGAAGGAGGUUUGCUUAUCUGCAGAAGAAAUCAAGUUUCCUGUUUUCAUAGUCGUUUUAUGUUAAAUUUGCAAAUCUAAUGUCAAAUUUGUUGCGAGCAGUUCAAAAGGCGGAUCAGGUCAGUUUCUGUUGCAGGAAUGGAUAUAGUGGCUGCAGCCAAAGAUGCAACUCAGAAAUCAAAGGCGAGAUUGGAAGCAAGAGAUGCAGCUACCAGAUCAUAUCUUCAAAGAGAGGAAGAACGCGUUGCAGAACUAAAGAAAAUAAGGGGGGAGAAAUGGCUGCCUUCUCUUGCUCCUAUAUGAUUAUGAUGUUACUCCUUCCAUCUACAUUUUGUAACAUUUUUAGGCUAUAUUUGGCACAACGAGCUGAAAUUGGAGACUCUGAAUUUAGAGCUGUUGUCUGAAUUAAAGACUAUUGUCUGAAACUGAAUUAUGAAGUGCUAAAUCUGAAUAGAAUAUACUCAUUUGUCAAAAAGAGCUGAUAUGGUGACUAGAAAAUACAAUAUUACUUUAAAG